AUGAACGGCUGGGUGGGGGACAACGGAUACAGCUGUGGAAUGAUUGAUGGCUGCAGCAUUGACGGGGCCAAUUUUACAGGCACAGUGGAUGAUUUUCUGCGAUAUUACAGAGUGCCAAUGCACAUGUUUACUCAUGCAGCACUGUUUAUGAAGUACAGCCAGGCAUUCCAAGCUCUGACGAUAUUUAUGCAUGAACUUCUAGCCAUGAAGAACGUGUGGUUUGUGACUCCGAGCCAAGUGAUCGCUUGGAUGAGAGACGCUCGCACCAACUCAGAGAUGAUAGCUGCAGGCUGGAGCUGUUGA